UACACUCCUGCCGUUACGCUGGAGCCGAUUUCAAUGGCGAUGCGUUCGACCUGUGCUUUUACUGGUCAGUGUGAUUUACAGGACGAGUCCGGCUGCAGCUGCGUCGGUGCAGCGCUCCCAGUGCCGCCAGAUGCGAACAUCAGAACUGCUCCAGCAGGAGCUUCAUCUGAUCCCGACUCGGGCGGUGGGUCUGUAGCCCCGCCCCUGCAGCCCGAUCUAUAUUUAUAGGUUAUUGCAACAGCAGCAGUCAGCCAGUCAGUAAGCAGCCUAAGAUCCUCCGCGCACUGCCUCCGCAUUCACACCGCAUCUCGGGCUGCCAGUGGACAUCCAGACCGGACCAGCAUGACCGAGACUCAGUCCGAACCCACUCAAGACGCCGCGGAGGCGACAGCGCCUCUGAACGUCGCGAACGAGCCGGAGGUGAAGCAGGAGAACGGCGACUGUAAAUCCUCCGCGGGCGAGGAGAAAGAAAAAGCGCCGCAGGAGUUCGAGCCCCCGGAGGGCGGCUGGGGCUGGGUGGUGAUGCUGGCCUCGAUGUGGUGCAACGGCUCGGUGUUCGGCAUCCAGAACGCGUUCGGCAUCUUGUUCGUGGCUCUGCUCAAUAAGUUCGGCUCCGACAAGGACGAAGACCUCCAAUUCAGAACAGCAUGGGUGGGCUCUCUCUCGAUGGGUAUGAUCUUCUUCUGCUCACCGAUCGUCAGCGUGUUCACCGAUCUGUUCGGCUGCCGGAUUACAGCGGUUGGAGGUGCAGCGGUGGCAUGUGUGGGACUUCUGGCCAGUUCCUUCGUCGAGUCUCUUGGGCCGUUGUACUUCACCUACGGCAUAGUGUUCGCCUGUGGCUGCAGUUUCGCCUAUCAGCCGAGUCUGGUGAUCCUGGGUCACUAUUUCAAGCGGAGGCUGGGGCUGGUGAACGGCAUCGUGACGGCGGGCAGCAGCGUGUUCACCAUCACGCUUCCCUUCCUGCUGUCCAGCCUGCUGAAACACGCGGGUCUGGCCAACACGCUGCGCGUGCUGAGCAUCCUCAUGUUCGUGCUCAUGCUGGCGGGAUUCACCUACAAACCGCUGCUGCCCAAACCCGUCAGCAGCGGCAAGUCGGGCAGCCGCUGUCCCUCGCUCAACAGGGUGUUUAACGUGAACAUCUGGAAGUCUCUGGGAUACCGCAUAUGGGCCUUUGGGAUCCCCGCGGCCCUGUACGGAUACUUCGUGCCUUACGUUCAUCUGAUGAAACAUGUGGAGGAGCGCUUCGGUCAGGAGGCUAAUAAAGAGGUUCUGCUCAUGUGUAUCGGCAUCACGUCUGGAGUGGGUCGUCUGAUCUUCGGGAGAGUGGCCGACUACGUACCUGGAGUCAAAAAAGUCUACCUGCAGGUGUCUUCGUUCCUGGUGAUCGGGCUGAUGUCCAUGAUGAUUCCUCUGUGUCGGGUGUUCGGCGGGCUGAUCGCCGUGUGUCUGCUCAUGGGCAUGUUUGACGGCUGCUUCAUCUGCAUCAUGGCUCCCAUUGCGUUCGAGCUGGUCGGCUCCCAAAACGUGUCGCAGGCCAUCGGCUUCCUCCUGGGCAUGAUGUCCAUCCCCAUGACCGUCGGGCCUCCCAUUGCAGGGUUCCUCAGAGACCGUUUGGGCAGCUACGACGUGGCGUUUUACCUGGCAGGCAUUCCUCCCAUCAUCGGCGGGGCCGUGCUGUGUCUGAUCCCGUGGGUGGAGGCGCGGAGGAAGAGGAAAGAGGCCAAGACGGAGGCCGACACCACCGAGAAGAUGCUGGAGAUCAAGAGCGGCACGCAGGACGACGCAGACGGCGAGGUGAAGGCCAAGGAGCCCGAAUCGGUCAUCUGAGAAGCGUGACGGUCGGACGUUUACAGCGGAGAGACUGACAGACGUGUGUGUGUGUGUGUGCGUGUGCUGAGAGUUUUGAUGUGAUUUUCUAUCCCUGCAGGAAGAUGCGUAACGGGCGUAACACAGGGCGUCUCCACAAAUGUGAUUUUAUUUUGAGCUAUGCAUCUUUCAGAAAGUUUCCUUGAGAGUAUUUUUCUACUGAACUUCUAGGCUUCAAAAGGGAAACGGUGUACCGUUGAAGGUUAGACAAUCAUUGGCGAAGAAGGGAAGUGAAGCCCUGAGAGGAUUCAUGGGAUUUUAUGUUAACCAGAUUAGGAAGUAUUUGUACAUUUCAUUUACUCUUAUAAUCGAACUAUGAAUUGUUUUACGUCAGACUAUAUGAAGUCAUGUUGUGUGAUUGUUUUAAAGGGGAACGUCAGCCAUGCCAUACGUACUCAUUUCGGACGAUUCCAAAGAUGUUUUUGCAAAUGCACACUUUAACCGCGAGCGUUUGUUAGAGGGAACGUCGCUGCCAGUGUUUUUAUAUGCAAAAGGUGUAUGACAGUUGAGGAAACAUUAGUGCUUAAAUGAUUAUGCGAGCAGAAGUAAAGGGAGUCUUACGAACGCAUCGAUGUCGUCCCAGUGUCCUCGGCGAGGCGUCGUGUUUUACGGUGUCUGUGUUUGACGGGGAACGCUGCUCUGGAACAUUUACAGGGUGGUUUUCAUGUGUUGUGCCCUAACCAGAGCAGAUCUCAGUGUGGGAUUGUUUUCUGUGCUCUUUGAAAAGCUAUUUUUUUAACGAUGUUUUAGAGAAUCUGUCGUGUUUGUUGGCGAGAGCGGGCCAAACGGCCAGCUCGGUCGUCACAUUUACUGCCACCGAGGCCUUGACUGAAAUAAGCACAUAUGCAAAGUCCUUUGAUUGAGUUUAGUGAAUGAAUUUGAAUGUGAUUCUGAUUCCUAGUCACAUGAUACAGUGUUUUUUCAGCGUCUGGAGGUGAAUCUGGAGGAGUGUUAGUGUGAUCUCCUGUGAUCUACCUCAUUUGACAUGAUUCUGGAAAUGUUCCUCUGCGGAUCGUUAGGGAAUUUCUGUAAAAUGACACUCGUGUCCACAGUUACAGGAAACUCACUUGAAACGACGACCACCAAGUGCUCAUACUUCAUACGUGUCCCAUGUUUCUUCCUGUUGUUGUUUUUUUUUAUAUCUUGUAUUUCACAGAUGUUUUGCAACGAGCUUUAUCAGUGCCUUGACAAUCUGAUUAUUGCACAGAGAUGAAUUGUUGAUUUGUAUGGAAUCAGUGGCACAAGCAACAGCUUCCAAAGCAUGUAUUUCACUCAUUUCAGUAUGACACAAACACAUUUCACAGAAAAAGAAAAAUAACCUGUAUCUUAACCUUAAAAGCAGCAAUAUGUGCAGAGAGGCGUCUGUCUUUUAAAUUCAUUGGUUUAUUAAAUUCUCUUUGUUUAAAAAAAAACAUUUCCAUGUUUUUGAGACGACUGUCUCUUUUUACUUUUUAUACAUGGUCCUUUUUGUAUUUUAUUUUUGUAAUCUAUGCUGUUCAUGUAAAUCAUUGUUGUACACCAAACCAGAAGAGGUUUUGCUGCAAGCGUGCAUUAAUCACGUGCGCGCGCACAAACACGCGUAUUCUGUAAUAUAAUAAUGUACGGCUUGGUUUUGAUGGCAGGCGUCCGGUCGGCACUCAGCAGUGAUUUACUCAGGGUAAUAAUGCAUGUCAAAUAACUCCAGGCCUCCGCUAAACACCAAAUGAUUGACUUACGUUCCUGAAGAACGUUUUGAAAACUUUUCACCUGUCUAUUUGUGAUUGCAACAUUUAAAAAUGACAUUUAAUCAAUAUCAAAAAAGCAAAAUGUAUCAUUGGUUGCACUUUAUUUUAUAGUAUGUGCACUCAAUUACCGUGUACUUGCCAAAGUUAGUAUUCAGUUAUUGUUAGAAUACACAGUAUGUGCAGUUCUGUAGAAUAAAGUGCUUCUGAAAAUAGACUAUAACAGAAACUGAAUUUCUUCAUGAUGGAAACACAUUAUGCUACCGCACUUUCCUUUCAGUGACCUUGAUCUCAUGAGCUGCAUGUCUUCUAGCUUCUGCUAUUUUUUGUUGUAUGUACCACACAAUUGGUAUAAAUACUAUUUUAAACCACAAUAAAGAAAACAUUAUUGGUUUUAA